CAUACAGCCAUUUACCUGCGACCUCUGUCAUAUCAGUUAUCCAUAUGUGAUCGCAGCCAUCAUAAACCCAAAUUAUUGUCGCACUCUCUACAGUAACAGAAUCGAACGACGCAGGGCAUAAUGCCUCCAGGCACUGAGUCCGAGAUAGGAGCCCCUCCUUCAGUGCCGUUAAGCUUUUCGAACAACUUUUGGGGACGAGAUGACGCUGGAGUCGAUCCUCUGCUGACCCGAAUGCAAAGUGCCCGAACGACCUGCGACGAAUUGAAGACAUUCUACGCCGCUCGCGCCGCGCUCGAAGAAGAUUAUGCGAAGAAGCUUCACAAUUUGUCAAGGAAGCCACUGGGAAGCGUUGAACAAGGGACGUUGCGGGCGAGUCUUGAUGUCGCGAGAGGGGAGACGGAGGCUAUGGCCAAACAACAUGGCUUGAUCGCUCAGCAAAUGAAAUCUGAGCUGGAAGAACCGCUGGCCGCGUUCGCAGGCGGCAUGAAGGAGCGCCGCAAAAUCAUACAGAAUGGGAUUGAGAAGCUCCUAAAGACCAAGCAAGCGCAAACCGCUCACGUCAACAAGGCUCGAGACAAGUAUGAACAAGACUGCUUGAGAAUAAAAGGUUACCUGGCACAAGGGCAUAUGGUCAUGGGACAAGAGGAGCGGAAGAACAAGGCCAAACUCGAGAAGACACAGAUCAACAUGGCUUCGAACUCUCAAGAAUACGAAGCUGCCGUCAAAGUGCUGGAGGAAACCACUGGACGAUGGAACAAAGAGUGGAAAGCCGCCUGCGACAAGUUCCAGGAUCUCGAAGAAGAACGAUUGGACUUUACCAAAUCUUCUCUAUGGGCAUUCGCCAACAUUGCAUCGACAGUCUGCGUGUCUGAUGAUGCCUCCUGCGAGAAGAUUAGGCUGGCACUGGAGAGUUGUGAGGUGGAAAAGGACAUAACCAGCUUCAUCAAGAUCUGCGGUACCGGUCAAGAAAUUCCAGAUCCUCCACGAUACAUCAACUUCUGCCGAGGCGAUGUUGACAGCCAAUCUGAAGUUUCGGAAGAUGACAACUAUUCAGUGGCACAGUUCUCACGAACGACAAAUCCCGCAUUCAGAAGCUCAUCACCAACACAUUCGAACGUAACAAGAACCACACCUCAGCGCAUGUCAGAAGAGCCGACGAUUCCGAAUGAAGAAGACUUGCCUACCCCUUCAAAUUCAAACAGUGGACGGCCGCCACCUCUCAAUUACAAACAGACUGGUCCCAAUGUCCCUCCAAAUUACUCGCCAAGUCAACAUGGCGAUGUGCCUCAAGUACCACAUAACCAGUAUCCAACAGAUGGAAUGACCAUGUUCUGUCGAGCAGAUGCUGCGUCUUCGGUGUCAGGGUCUGCCUUGUCUUCCAACACCCGACCGGAAAGCAGAGACAGCGAGAGCCAGUAUUCCGUACCCAGCUCCUUCACCAGUGCUGAUCCGAUGUCAGGUGCAACGUCACCAAUCAAAAUGGCGCCGGCAGGUGGUGUGGAACUCCCUGGAAUGGGCUCACCAGAAAAAUCGGUGCAGAAGAAGCGGUCUGGGUUCUUCUCAAACAGUCCUUUCCGGAGAAAGUCGAGAAAAGGCCACGACAGUUCGAAGACCAGUCCUCAGAUUGGCGACCCAUGGUCCUCAAACCCAACAAGUGGCGGGAGAAUCAACCUCAAUGCUCCAGUAUCCAGCACACAGUCCAGCCCUACCAAAUCUCCCACCAAGCAAUCGACGGGCUUCUUCAACCGCAAUGCUGGAUCGAUGUCAUUCGAGGGGGAAGAGCCCGUGGACCCUCGCGCGAACUUCCAAUUGAAUGUCGGUAAUAACGUAUUCGAUGUCGCUAGUCCCGAUGGACAGGAUUCUACGCCGAGAGCCAGCAUGACAAAUCGUAAUUCGUUCCUUCCUCCACCUUCAGCAAUGGGUGACGAUAUGAUGAACGACCCUAUUGCACAAGCACUGGCAGAUCUCAAACGAACCUCAAACGGCGUCACAGGGAUGGCCAAACAAUCGAGUACCCGUGUAGCCGUGGAUCGAUAUCACGGCGUGGCCACCCCAACUCCUGAUCAAGACCCAGCCCUCCGACCCGGUAUCAGCAGCGCUGAAACUCAGGCUCGUUUAGCGGCGCAGCGAGGAACACCACCACCAGCAUACGAGUCUGGAGCGGCAAGACACAGUGUGUUGGGAGUUCCGCAGCCAGCUCACACAAAGAAAGAAAUGUUGAACCGGACAGAGACUUGGGGCACAGGAUCGGUAACGGCCAAUCCGAGAGGUACUCAGCAAGCUAGAGAUGGAAGAAGAAGUCCUGGACCAGGUAUGAUGCGAGCAGCCAGUCCCCAACCACAAGGUCAAUAUCAACGAUCAAGAAGUCCAGCACCUGGCAUGAACCCGCGAGCUGCUAGCCCUCAACCACAGAAUCAAUACCAGCGCUCAAGGAGCCCGGCACCCGGAAUGCCUCGAGCUGCUAGCCCGCAACCUCAACGACAGGAUCCCUACAUGAGAUCUCGUAAUCCAGGCCCAGGAAUGAUGCAGCAACAACAGCAAGGUGGGUCGCAGUACCGUGCGGCAUCGCCCAAUCCAUACGGUGGCAGACCAAGGGGUCAAGGCUCGGCAUCGAGGCAAGGGAGCGGAAUGGAGAUGCAACUCAGCUCGUCAGAUGUAACCAGGUACGAUGGAUCCGGUAGCGGCCGAGGACGACAGAGCAUGAUGAGACCCACAUCCAGCUUUGGUGGCGAUCGGUACCAACAAGGCUAUGACGGGCGUGAAUCCAGACAGCGAGGUGGUGGCGGUGGUGGUAUGGAUGUUGAGUUGAAGAGGGAAAGGAGCAAGAGUUUGGCAAACAUUCCAUUCCGACCUGGUCAACCACAAGUUUUGCAUUAUGCACGAGCAAUGUAUACCUACACGGCUGCCAUCCCGGAAGAGUUGAGUUUCAGCAAGGGUGACAUCUUGGCCGUGUUGAGGUUGCAAGACGACGGAUGGUGGGAAGCAGAGGUUCGCGAGAGCGUCAAGGGGACAAGGAGUGGUGGUGUUGGUUUGGUACCUAGCAAUUAUCUUCAGCGAUGUUGAUCAUUUUCUCGGGCUGCUGUUGCAGGUAGUUGAAGAAGAUGCUUUUUGAGGACGUCGUGGAUCUUGAAAUCUUUGUUGCGAUGGGACAUGUAGUAGCAGUAGCCACUGUUCAGGGCAUGGUAGUUUUGUGUUAAUCGGCGUUGGGUUGUAACAAGACAUAUUCACGACUUGUGUUGAUCUGGCUCUCACCGUCAAAUGUAGAUUAGGUAUACGGUGAGUACGAGUACAUAGUUCAGGGGAGUGUGGGAGUUUGGAGCGUGCUUCGAACUUGGUAAAUGUCACUCUUUUUUUUUGCAA